AUGGAAUUUAAUCGGAAGAUGAAGAAUAGUAUGAUUGAUGUGACACCAUUCCUGUUGUUUGAGUCAUCUGCUGAUUCUGAGGAUGCCAUCGCAGAUGAUGUUCUUCGGCGUCAUCAUUAUCAUAAUCAUCAUCAAGAAAAACAUGAAGAAAAAGAAGAAGAAUCCAUGGAUGAUGACGUUGAAUCCUGCAGUUAUGAUCACUCAUUCCAUGUUAAUGUCAAAACCAAUCAUGAUAACCAUCAUCAAGUUCAUGCGUAUGGUGUUGGUCAUGGUCAAUAUGAUCAUGAUCAUGGCGAUGUUUAUGAUGGUAAUAGAGAAGAGAUUAAUGAUGAUGAUGAUGAUGAUGAUGAUGACAACAACGAUGAUAAUUGGGGUGAGAGCAAGAUGAUAGACCAAGAAAAGAGAUGUCAUGAGUUGUGUGUUGAUUCUUCAAGUCUGGAUGACAGACAAUUCUGGGAAACUUGUCUGGAUUCGUGA